UCCUUUCAAGCUUCCCUUAGGUGGAUUCCAGCUAAUUGGAGCUUGGCCGGAUGUGGUUUCAGGUUAUUAUGCCUCAUUUAGGUUUCUGGGCACCUGGACUGUUGGCAUGAUUUUCCCAGGUGACAUUGAGCAUUAUCUAAAGAACAAAACUCCUUUCAAGGUCAGAAAAACCUAGAGGGCCACUGGUGUAGCCUGAGAGAGGCAAAACCACCAGCCUACGUGUAUUCAGCUAUCCCCAGCUUCCUGGCUGGAAUUACACCCCUCGGGAUGCUACCAGCCCAAAGGAGAGGCUGAUUUGAGUAUAGAAGGGGAAAAAACAACAACGAAAACCAUCCUCUCUCACUCAAGGGAGCACAUCUCACUUGCUGGCAAGCAGCCAGGAUGUUUUUCUAAUCCCGGAGUAAAAAGCCCAUGCAACUUGACCCUGACCUACCUUCUCAGGCUUAUCUCUGCCCCUCUCCCUGCAACACACUUGCAUUUUAUUCCCCAGAACUUUCACAACAACUCCCACUCCCAUUUUCCAGAGAGUGGUAAAUGGUGAGUAUUCCCAUUUUCUUAGUUCACACAGCUGGGAAGGGGACUAUUUGGGCCUCUCUGCCUCUUUCCACCACAUCUCUCUGCUUGGUGAUUCAACCCAAUACUCUCUGCCCCCAGAGAUUUAUAAUCUUCUUGUACAUAUGGAGAAACUGAGGCCCAGGGCAAUGGGGAACUUGUACCAGGUCCCACAGCUGGUAAAUAAAUAGUACAGGGCUGGUUGGCCUCCAAACCAAGAAUUCUUGCCACAUUUAAAGUGCUGCCAGGCUUAGAUUGAUAAAGUGAAACCCAAGGUAUAUAACCCAGUGGUCUGGGAAGUCUGAGUAGAUGCUCUUGGCAUAGUUGGCAGGUAGCUGCUUUUGACUCCGGGAGUCUUUGGGCAGGCUUACCCCUCCAGGCCUCCCUUCCAGCCAUCAAUGACAGGCUUGCUGUUAUCAAACUGCCUUCUAAGCUCAGACAUGUCAUUGGUGGACUGAAUAUUUAUAUCCUCCCCAAAAUUUAUGUGAUGAAAUCCUAACCCCUAAGGUUGCCCUUGGGCUCUGCCUGUAGGAACCCGGACCAGGACGGGUGGAAUAGGUAUACUCAUGACAACACAAACCCUAAAAACAUUAUGCUUAAUGCCAGAAGUAGAAACCAAAGGUAAAACAUGAAGUCAUACCAUUUACAUACGUGAGAAGUGCACAUGUAUUAUACAACACCAAUUUUGCAAAAAUACCCCCAAACGCACAUAAAAGAAUUAACAGUGGUACUGGGCCGUGUGUGGUAGCUCACACCUGUAAUCCUAGCACUCUGGGAGGCCAAAGCAGAUGGAUGGCUUGAGUUUAGGAGUUGGAGACCAACCUGAGUAAGAUCAAAACCUCAUCUCUACUAAAAAUAGGAAAAAAAAACAAAACUAGCUAGGUGUAGUGGCACAUGCCUGUGGUCCCAGUUCCUAGGGAGGCUGAGGCAAGAGGGUUGGUCAAGCCCAAGAGUUUCAGGUUGCUGUGAGCUGUGAUGCCACAGCACUCUACCCAGGACAACAGAGUUAGACUCCAUCUCAAAAAUAAAAAAAAGUCUUAUUGAUUAAGAGGCAUUAGCUGUUGGACAGGGUGGCUGCUAGAAACAGCAUUAUGUGUGAAUUUUAAAAAGGCAUGCUCCCCCCAACCCCAGUAGAAGCAGCCCUUUUGGGUAGAGAAGGCUUGAUGGGCAGAAUGAAUGAAUGAAUGAAUGAAUGAAUGAAACAUGAGAGGUGCCUUGUUGGACCAGUGAUGAUGAUUUACCAUGCAGAAGGUGGAGAUCUGUUCAAAGACACACACCUUCUCCUUUGGUGUCCUCACCUACUGCUCUUCGCCUCAAGGUGACAGCUGGAACCAGAGCUGUGUGACCUUCAGGUCCCUCAAGGAUAUUUCUGACUUUGCUUGGAAGGUCUCAGCUGUGAUGCUUCUCAGAGGCUGGCUGCUAUUGGUCUUCAAUGCAAUUCUCCUCCUGUCCUGGGCCCUGGCCCCCAAAGGGCUGUGCCCAAGCAGGGUCAGUGGCCCCAUGCCAGGGGUGCAGGCAGUGGCAGCCACUGCCACCAUUGCGGGCCUGCUGGUUUUCCCAAUCAGCCUGGCUUCCCCAUUCGCCAAAGCAGUCUGUGAAGGCUCCUCUGUGUACCAUGGUGGAAGGUGCCAACCAGGCUGGGGCUAUGUGAUUGCCAUUUUCAAUGCAGUCCUGGCCAGCCUCCUGCCUGUGAUCAGCUGGCCUCGUGUGACCAUGACCAGCAUCCAGGGGAUGACCAUCUUCUCCAGCAACACAGAGAGAAUCAUCCUUAUGCCAGAAAUGAACAAAUAA